AUGGCUUAUACCUGCGAACAGUGCGAAGCUAGUUUCACUAAGCUAAGUCAGUUGCUCCAGCAUAGAAGAUUAGAAAAUCAUUGGCAAAAAUUUACAUGCCCUAGCUGCAAGAAGACUUACAAUAGAAAACAGAACUUAGAUCGUCAUAUGACGAAACAUGCCGACGAAAAUUCUCACCACUGUCCAGAAUGUCUUAAAGUGUUUACAAGGAAAGAUGCACUUGAUGAACAUUGUUCACAACAUGAAAAUCAAAGUGAACAUAUUCCAGCUAAUGAUUUAGUGAGGGUGUCAAUGGAUAAUCCAGAACUGGACUUUCCAAUUGUCUUAAAAUUCAUGCCAAGAUCAGCUCUUACUGUAGAUAGACUUUUAUCAGAGAUUGAAAGAGUACUUCAAUCGUACGAACAAUUUGUUGUUGACGAGACAUUUGGUAUCAAAUUGGUUCAUGUUGCAAUUGUUAAAGGCUCAGGAUACAGAAUGAAACCAACAGUAGACAUUACUCAAAUGUUACAGAACAAGAAAAAAAAAUCAAAUAAAAAAUAA